CAGUCGAGUCAUCUGUAAUUUGACUGAAAAAUGAUACAAGUGCAAUGAUAAAUAUUACUUAUUACAUUAUUUUUGAAUUAUUCAAAUAUAUCUAAAUAUUAAACCAUGAGCAGCUUAAGAAAAUUUGUUCUUCAGAGCUUUAAAAAACUGCAUCGUACUAGGAUCAAAGUAUUUGAGGGUGAUGAAAAAGCCUUGACUGCAGCAAGAAUCAAAAUCAAUGACGAAUACCAAAAAAACAAACAUGUUACUGAUGAAGUUGCGAUCAAAGCUAUGAUAAAAUUUGGUGAGGAUGUUGAGAGGGAACUUAAAACACAAGUAAUUCAAGCACGAGAAAUCAAACCUGGUGUUUUUGAGGCAAGAAUAACUGAAGACACAUUAAAAUUAGAGAAUAUGCCAUAUAAUCCAAAUGCAGUUACAGAAGAUGGAACACCAAGACCUGAAACAUGUUGCCAGGACAACGCUCAAACCAAAGGAAAUAUAAGCUAAAAUUAAU